AUUGACAGUGCUGUUUCUUCACUGUUCAAAAAUUGUUAUUGCACCAAGGAGUGCGAUGGAGGGGGGCGUGAUAGAGCUGUCGAGCGAUUCGAGUGCCCCUGCCUCCCCGAGUGCCCCCGCGGCCGAGGGACUGCCGAGCGUGGCAGAGGUGGAGCAAGGCCUGGGACUGGGGCAGCCCCCGAGGCACGCCCACACCGUGUCGGACAGCGACGAGUCCGUGGUUGCCGUCGAAUACGAAGAGCGGACAGUGUGUGGUGACAAGGAUCGACAAGGUGUGAGCUCGACCGCUAAGAAGAGGCCAAGGUUCCAGUGUUCCAACAUGGCGGCCAGGAGGCAGUUGCGAGAGGAGGACAAGCGUGAGCGGCAGAGGCAGCGCGAGCGCAGGCGUGCGGAGCAGCAGCUGGCCAGGGCCGUGAAGGCUGCUGCAGCUGAGCAGCUGCGCGCCACCAAGCCUGGAGAGUGUGUCAAGUACGUGGAGGUGCAGCUGGACAGCAGCCUGCUGACGGACCCGUACGGCGGGCAGCUGCUGCUGGCGCUGCAGGGGGCCGACUACCGCUUCAGCGUGCAGCCCGCGGCGGUCCCUCGCAGUGUCUCCUGGACCAGGCUCGUGCCCGGGGACUCGGCCCGGCUGGAGGCCGAGGUGCUGGUGGUGCGGCCGUGGCCCGAGCUGGAGCAGCUGGUGGCCUCGGGCCAGCUCUGCGCCCACGCUCGGUCCCUGCGGGCCGACCUGCCGGGCAGGAGCGUCACCCUCGUCGUGUACGGCUCGGACCAGUACUUCCGGCUCCAGAAGACCCGCAGGAACCAGCAGCUGCGGGGGCGCGUGCGGGGGUCGGAGCAGGGGGCCGGCGCCCUGGAGGGGCCGGGCGUCUCGCGGGAGCGCCUGGAGGAGGCGCUGGCGGAGGUGCAGCUGGCGACAGGCUGCUGCCACCGGCUGGUGGAGUCCCCGGCCGCGCUCGGCGCCCUCGUGGCCCAGUUCUCCAAGGCCGUCGCCGAGCGGCCCUACAAGCUGGAGCGGCAGCGCAAGGAGCAGCAGCAGUGCGACUGGUUCGCGCUGGCCGACUCCAAGGACUGCGUGCGGGUGGACGGAGAAGGCAACGGCCUACUGCGCCUGUGGAAGCAGCAGCUGUGCCAGUUCAACCUGGCCACGCUGGAGACCGCGGAGGCCGUCGCGUCCAAGUACCAGAGCCCGCGGGCGUUGCUGCAGGCGUACGGCCGGUGUGAAUCGCAGCGGAGUGCGGAGUUGUUAUUGCAAGAUCUCCCCAUCAGGCGCGCCCUGGGGCCGCUGACCUCGACGCGUCGGGUCGGGCCUGAGCUGAGCAGGAAGGUCCACAGGUUCUUCACUGCGGGCGACGCAGACUCGCUGCUGGCACCAGAGUAGUGGCGGGCCAGCACCAGUGCUUGUCUGUUGCUACAACUACCUAUUUCUAAAUACAGUCGUUGGUUUUCAGGUUAACUAUACAUGAUUCAUGGAGUGACUUGUUCUCGACUGCCAUAGGUUGCAGAAAUUUUGAGAAUAGUUCUUUCGGCAGUUCACAAAGAAACUUCUUUAAGAUGUGUGUGUGAGGAGAUUUACUCUGUCAAGACAUGGAGUCAAGUGUAGCAAAAACAAACAAAAUGUUUUGUUCAACUGUGAAAUUGAGAACAUAAACCAAUAUUUCUUGCCAUGAAAAA